GCAGUCAACUCUCUCCCGCUCGGCCUCUGCUGCUGCUGCUGCUGCAGCGCGCAGGCGAAGGGCCCAGAAAAAUGCUGCACGGCCCGGCCCACCCCGCGUCGCCGCCGGCCGCCGCCGCAGCCGCCGCCAUGGCCGCCGGCGGGCAGCCGCUGGUGGUGACGCUCAACUGCCUCGAGGACCCGUCCCUGGAGCAGGACGCCCUGUACGGCGCCGCGGCCGUGGAGCACGCGCCGCUCUUCGCGCUCGCCGCGGGCCGCGUCGAGGCCGCCGCCGCCGUCCUCCUCCCCUCGCUCGCCUUCCUCCCGCGCGCCGCGCAGCGCAGGCUCCGCCCCUGGCAGCUCCUGCUCUGCCUCGGCUCCUCGGACCGCGCCGCGGACGCCGCCGCCGCCGCCGAGCUCGGCCUCCGCCUCGUCCACGUCGACGCCAACCGCGCCGAGGAGGUCGCCGACACCGUCAUGGCGCUCUUCCUGGGGCUCCUCCGCCGCACGCACCUCCUCUCCAGCCACGCAUCCUCUUCGUCCCCGUCCGCCGGGUGGCUCGGUGCCGUCCAGCCGCUCUGCCGGGGCAUGCGCCGAUGCCGGGGGCUCGUGCUGGGCAUCGUCGGCGUCAGCGCCGCCGCGCGCUGCCUCGCCACGCGCAGCCUCGCCUUCCGCAUGAGCGUCCUCUACUUCGAUCCGCUAUACGAGGCUACUGGGAAAAUAAAACGUCCUUCUAUUGUAUUUCCUUCUGCGGCAAGAAGAAUGGAUACUCUCAAUGAUUUAUUGGCAGCAAGUGAUCUUGUUUCGCUUCAUUGUGCAUUGACAAAUGAUACAACACAUAUACUUAAUGCUGAGCGCCUGCAGCACAUAAAGCCUGGAGCUUUCAUUGUCAAUACUGGUAGCUGUCAGCUCAUAGAUGAUUGCGCCCUCAAACAACUCUUGAUUGAUAGCACCAUAGCUGGAUGUGCAUUAGAUGGUGCUGAAGGUCCACAGUGGAUGGAAGCAUGGGUGCGUGAGAUGCCAAAUGUGUUAAUUCUUCCUCGAAGUGCAGACUACAGUGAGGAAGUGUGGAUGGAGAUCAGAGAGAAAGCGAUUGCAAUAUUGCAGUCCUUUCUCUAUGAUGGUGUUGUUCCAAACAAUGUUAUUUCAGAUGAAGAUGAAGAGAUAAGUGAAGUGGGAUGUGAAGAUGAUCAAUUUGGCAAACAAGAAAAAGAUCAUGCUUUAAAGGCUUGUGAUGGUGAGCAGCAGGCAGCAGAAAGCCAAUUAACUACAGAAUACGACAAGAGAAGAGCCAUCUCGCAACCUGAAGAGCCUCAAGCUUCUGCACAAUCUCAUAGUAUUGGCUCCAGAUCUGAAGGGAGACGCAGCCGAUCUGGAAAGAAAGGGAAAAAGAGACCUGCUCGCCGCAGAUCACAACAGAAAAUGGAUGAAUUGUCAACUCUAGAGGGAGGAAGCAACUAUUCUUCACGCAGAGAUGAUGAUAACCAAGUGUUAAGUUCUAGUUCACGAUUUGCAUCACCUGAGGACUCAAAAAAUAAGCAGAAAUGUUCUGCUGAAUCUCCAAUGGAGAUAAUUUCUGAAAAUAAGUUGCCUGCAGGGCUUGGUAGAAAGCCUCCUGAAAAGCUAAAAGAAGGUUUUGUUAUUGCUCUAAAGGCAAGAGAUAAUUCGGGAUUUUAUGUUUCAAGAGAGAGAGUCGCUGGUGAUGGUUGGUAUCUUGAUGUGAUACCAAAUGCUACAAAGAGGGAUCCUGCUGCUCAAUUCCUAGUCACUUUCAGAAACAAGGACACUAUGGGAUUGCGAUCUUUUGUUGCUGGAGGAAAACUAUUGCAGGCUAAUAAUAAGAUGGAGUUCGUCUUCGCAAGUCAUUCUUUUGAUGUUUGCGAGAGCUGGAUGCUGGAAGGGUCCCUGUCGAAAUGCUGCAAACUGAUCAAUCGCAAAAAUUCUUCUGCUGUAUUGGAGGUCUAUUUUGAGAUCCUCGGAGCCCCGAGUGAAGAAGAUGGUGUGAUUAGGUGGCUUGAUUAAUAUAUCUGACUUUUUUAGAAAAAAAAAUAGGGCUAUGCUGCCAAAGCUAUUAUUGAUCCGAUGUUGUCGGCGGGUUAGGUCUGCUCCGUAUUUUUCUAUUGCCAAAUAUUCAGUUUUGGCUGUUGUUCUAGUAGACUUCUAGUGCUUCUGUGCCUGCACGGCUGCACCCAGCAUGUCACUGAAACUUUUUAGCAGUCUGCUUGUUGUAGGUCGCAUCUGUAUUUUAAUUCUUCAGUAUGCCCGUGCAAAAUUAAAUAAGACUACUUGCAAAGUGUGGAUUACUCAACUACUACAAUUCAUUGCCUUUGAUA